AUGGACUUGGGUUGUAACCAUCGUAACAUUAACGAUGACUCAACGGAACUUGAUGGCGUUUCAGAACUUGGUGAAGAUGAAUCUUCAUUUGUUUUCGAGCUAGAAACAGAACUUGGUGCUUCUGAACUUGAUGAAAUUGAGACCGAGGAUUCGAUUGAACUUGGACCAGCACUUGAUGGGGCUUCUGAACUUGGAGCAGAUGAUGCUUCACUUGAAGCUAAGGAUUCACUUGUUGCUAAGGAUUCGCUUGAACUUGGACCAGCACUUGAUGGAGCUUCUGAACUUGGAGCUGACGAUGCUUCACUUGAAGCUAAGGAUUCACUUGUUGCUAAGGAUUCGCUUGAACUUGGACCAGCACUUGAUGGAGCUUCUGAACUUGGAGCUGACGAUGAUUCACUUGAAGCUAAAGAUUCGCUUGUUGCUAAGGAUUCACUUGUACUUGGACCAGCACUUGAUGAAGCUUCUGAACUUGGAGCUGACGAUGAUUCACUUGAAGCUAAGGAUUCGCUUGUUGCUAAGGAUUCACUUGAACUUGGACCAGCACUUGAUGGAGCUUCUGAACUUGGAGCUGACGAUGAUUCACUUGAAGCUAAGGAUUCGCUUGUUGUUAAGGAUUCGCUUGAACUUGGACCUGCACUUGAUGGAGCUUCUGAACUUGGAGCUGACGAUGAUUCACUUGAAGCUAAGGAUUCGCUUGUUGUUAAGGAUUCGCUUGUACUUGGACCAGCACUUGAUGGAGCUUCUGAACUUGGAGCUGAUGAUGCUUCACUUGAAGCUAAGGAUUCACUUGAAAUUGGACCAGUACUUGAUGGGGCUUCUGAACUUGGAGCUGACGAUGAUUCACUUGAAGCUAAAGAUUCGCUUGUUGCUAAGGAUUCACUUGUACUUGGACCAGCACUUGAUGGAGCUUCUGAACUUGGAGCUGACGAUGAUUCACUUGAAGCUAAGGAUUCACUUGUUGCUAAGGAUUCGCUUGAACUUGGACCAGCACUUGAUGGAGCUUCUGAACUUGGAGCUGACGAUGAUUCACUUGAAGCUAAGGAUUCACUUGUUGCUAAGGAUUCGCUUGAACUUGGACCAGCACUUGAUGGAGCUUCUGAACUUGGAGCUGACGAUGAUUCACUUGAAGCUAAGGAUUCGCUUGUUGCUAAGGAUUCGCUUGAACUUGGACCAGCACUUGAUGGAGCUUCUGAACUUGGAGCUGACGAUGAUUCACUUGAAGCUAAGGAUUCGCUUGUUGCUAAGGAUUCACUUGAACUUGGACCAGCACUUGAUGGAGCUUCUGAACUUGGAGCUGACGAUGAUUCACUUGAAGCUAAGGAUUCACUUGUUGCUAAGGAUUCGCUUGUACUUGGACCAGCACUUGAUGGAGCUUCUGAACUUGGAGCUGACGAUGAUUCACUUGAAGCUAAGGAUUCACUUGUUGCUAAGGAUUCGCUUGAACUUGGACCAGCACUUGAUGGAGCUUCUGAACUUGGAGCUGACGAUGAUUCACUUGAAGCUAAGGAUUCGCUUGAACUUGGACCAGCACUUGAUGGAGCUUCUGAACUUGGAGCAGAGGAUGAUUCACUUGAAGCUAAGGAUUCGCUUGUUGUUAAGGAUUCGCUUGAACUUGGACCUGCACUUGAUGGAGCUUCUGAACUUGGAGCUGACGAUGAUUCACUUGAAGCUAAGGAUUCACUUGUUGCUAAGGAUUCGCUUGUGCUUGGACCAGCACUUGAUGGAGCUUCUGAACUUGGAGCUGACGAUGAUUCACUUGAAGCUAAGGAUUCACUUGUUGCUAAGGAUUCGCUUGAACUUGGACCAGCACUUGAUGGAGCUUCUGAACUUGGAGCUGACGAUGAUUCACUUGAAGCUAAGGAUUCGCUUGAACUUGGACCAGCACUUGAUGGAGCUUCUGAACUUGGAGCUGAUGAUGAUUCACUUGAAGCUGAAGAUUCACUUGAAGCUAAAGAUUCACUUGAACUUGGACCAGCACUUGAUGGAGCUUCUGAACUUGGAGCUGACGAUGAUUCACUUGAAGCUAAGGAUUCACUUGUUGCUAAGGAUUCGCUUGAACUUGGACCAGCACUUGAUGGAGCUUCUGAACUUGGAGCUGACGAUGAUUCACUUGAAGCUAAGGAUUCGCUUGAACUCGGACCAGCACUUGAUGGAGCUUCUGAACUUGGAGCUGAUGAUGAUUCACUUGAAGCUGAAGAUUCACUUGAAGCUAAAGAUUCACUUGAACUUGGACCAGCACUUGAUGGAGCUUCUGAACUUGGAGCUGACGAUGCUUCACUUGAAGCUAAGGAUUCGCUUGUUGCUAAGGAUUCGCUUGAACUUGGACCAGCACUUGAGGGAGCUUCUGAACUUGGAGCUGACGAUGAUUCACUUGAAGCUAAGGAUUCACUUGUUGCUAAGGAUUCGCUUGAACUUGGACCAGCACUUGAUGGAGCUUCUGAACUUGGAGCUGACGAUGAUUCACUUGAAGCUAAGGAUUCGCUUGUUGCUAAAGAUUCACUUGAACUUGGACCAGCACUUGAUGGAGCUUCUGAACUUGGAGCUGACGAUGAUUCACUUGAAGCUAAGGAUUCGCUUGUUGCUAAGGAUUCGCUUGAACUUGGACCAGCACUUGAUGGAGCUUCUGAACUUGGAGCUGACGAUGAUUCACUUGAAGCUAAGGAUUCGCUUGUUGCUAAGGAUUCGCUUGAACUUGGACCAGCACUUGAUGGAGCUUCUGAACUUGGAGCUGAUGAUGAUUCACUUGAAGCUGAAGAUUCACUUGAAGCUAAAGAUUCACUUAAACUUGGACCAGCACUUGAUGGAGCUUCUGAACUUGGAGCUGACGAUGCUUCACUUGAAGCUAAGGAUUCGCUUGUUGCUAAGGAUUCGCUUGAACUUGGACCAGCACUUGAUGGAGCUUCUGAACUUGGAGCUGAUGAUGAUUCACUUGAAGCUGAAGAUUCACUUGAAGCUAAAGAUUCACUUGUACUUGGAGCAGCACUUGAUGGAGCUUCUGAACUUGGAGCUGACGAUGCUUCACUUGAAGCUAAGGAUUCGCUUGUUGCUAAGGAUUCACUUGAACUUGGACCAGCACUUGAUGGAGCUUCUGAACUUGGAGCUGACGAUGCUUCACUUGAAGCUAAGGAUUCGCUUGUUGCUAAAGAUUCACUUGAACUUGGACCAGCACUUGAUGGAGCUUCUGAACUUGGAGCUGACGAUGAUUCACUUGAAGCUAAGGAUUCGCUUGUUGCUAAGGAUUCGCUUGAACUUGGACCAGCACUUGAUGGAGCUUCUGAACUUGGAGCUGAUGAUGAUUCACUUGAAGCUAAGGAUUCGCUUGUUGCUAAGGAUUCGCUUGAACUUGGACCAGCACUUGAUGGAGCUUCUGAACUUGGAGCUGACGAUGAUUCACUUGAAGCUAAAGAUUCACUUGUUGCUAAGGAUUCGCUUGAACUUGGACCAGCACUUGAUGGAGCUUCUGAACUUGGAGCUGACGAUGAUUCACUUGAAGCUAAGGAUUCGCUUGUUGCUAAAGAUUCACUUGAACUUGGACCAGCACUUGAUGGAGCUUCUGAACUUGGAGCUGACGAUGAUUCACUUGAAGCUAAAGAUUCACUUGUUGCUAAGGAUUCGCUUGAACUUGGACCAGCACUUGAUGGAGCUUCUGAACUUGGAGCUGACGAUGAUUCACUUGAAGCUAAGGAUUCGCUUGUUGCUAAAGAUUCACUUGAACUUGGACCAGCACUUGAUGGAGCUUCUGAACUUGGAGCUGACGAUGAUUCACUUGAAGCUAAGGAUUCGCUUGUUGCUAAGGAUUCGCUUGAACUUGGACCAGCACUUGAUGGAGCUUCUGAACUUGGAGCUGACGAUGAUUCACUUGAAGCUAAGGAUUCGCUUGUUGCUAAGGAUUCCCUUGAACUUGGACCAGCACUUGAUGGAGCUUCUGAACUUGGAGCUGAUGAUGAUUCACUUGAAGCUGAAGAUUCACUUGAAGCUAAAGAUUCACUUGAACUUGGACCAGCACUUGAUGGAGCUUCUGAACUUGGAGCUGACGAUGCUUCACUUGAAGCUAAGGAUUCGCUUGUUGUUAAGGAUUCACUUGAACUUGGACCAGCACUUGAUGGAGCUUCUGAACUUGGAGCUGACGAUGAUUCACUUGUAGCUAAGGAUUCACUUGUUGCUAAGGAUUCGCUUGAACUUGGACCAGCACUUGAUGGGGCUUCUGAACUUGGAGCUGACGAUGAUUCACUUGAAGCUAAAGAUUCGCUUGUUGCUAAAGAUUCACUUAAACUUGGACCAGCACUUGAUGGAGCUUCUGAACUUGGAGCUGACGAUGCUUCACUUGAAGCUAAGGAUUCGCUUGUUGCUAAGGAUUCACUUGAACUUGGACCAGCACUUGAUGGAGCUUCUGAACUUGGAGCUGACGAUGAUUCACUUGAAGCUAAGGAUUCACUUGUUGCUAAGGAUUCGCUUGAACUUGGACCAGCACUUGAUGGGGCUUCUGAACUUGGAGCUGACGAUGAUUCACUUGAAGCUAAAGAUUCGCUUGUUGCUAAAGAUUCACUUAAACUUGGACCAGCACUUGAUGGAGCUUCUGAACUUGGAGCUGACGAUGCUUCACUUGAAGCUAAGGAUUCGCUUGUUGUUAAGGAUUCGCUUGAACUUGGACCAGCACUUGAUGGAGCUUCUGAACUUGAUGCAGAACUUUGUGCUUCACUACUACUAACUUCUUCACUUGCACUAGAAGAGUAUGAUGAAGUAGAGAAACCUUCUGAUCCUCCGCCUGGAACUGAUUCAGAUGACCAUUCUGAGAAUGAGCUUGGUAUUGAUGAUUCACUUGAACUUGAAAUAGCACUAGAGGAAUCAGUUGAAAUAAUACUUGAUGGAGCUUCAGAGCUUGGAGCAACAGAUUCACUUGAAGAGGCGAUUGAGCUUGGUUCUUCUGAGCUUGAAACACCACUUGAGCUUGGGCCUUCAGAACUUGAAACAGCACUUGAUGGAGCUUCAGAGCUUGGAGCAACAGAUUCACUUGAAGAGGCGAUUGAGCUUGGUUCUUCUGAGCUUGAAACGCCACUUGAGCUUGGGCCUUCAGAGCUUGAUACGGCACUUGAUGGAGCUUCAGAGCUUGGAACAACAGAUUCACUUGAAGAGGCGAUUGAGCUUGGUUCUUCUGAGCUUGAAACGCCACUUGAGCUUAGACCUUCAGAACUUGAAACAGCACUUGAUGGAGCUUCAGAGCUUGGAGCAACAGAUUCACUUGAAGAGGCGAUUGAGCUUGGUUCUUCUGAGCUUGAAACGCCACUUGAGCUUGGGCCUUCAGAGCUUGAUACGGCACUUGAUGGAGCUUCAGAGCUUGGAGCAACAGAUUCACUUGAAGAGGCGAUUGAGCUUGGUUCUUCUGAGCUUGAAACGCCACUUGAGCUUGGGCCUUCAGAGCUUGAUACGGCACUUGAUGGAGCUUCAGAGCUUGGAACAACAGAUUCACUUGAAGAGGCGAUUGAGCUUGGUUCUUCUGAGCUUGAAACGCCACUUGAGCUUAGACCUUCAGAACUUGAAACAAUACUUGAUGGAGCUUCAGAGCUUGGAGCAACAGAUUCACUUGAAGAGGCGAUUGAGCUUGGUUCUUCUGAGCUUGAAACACCACUUGAGCUUGGGCCUUCAGAACUUGAAACAGCACUUGAUGGAGCUUCAGAGCUUGGAGCAACAGAUUCACUUGAAGAGGCGAUUGAGCUUGGUUCUUCUGAGCUUGAAACGCCACUUGAGCUUGGGCCUUCAGAGCUUGAUACGGCACUUGAUGGAGCUUCAGAGCUUGGAACAACAGAUUCACUUGAAGAGGCGAUUGAGCUUGGUUCUUCUGAGCUUGAAACGCCACUUGAGCUUAGACCUUCAGAACUUGAAACAGCACUUGAUGGAGCUUCAGAGCUUGGAGCAACAGAUUCACUUGAAGAGGCGAUUGAGCUUGGUUCUUCUGAGCUUGAAACGCCACUUGAGCUUGGGCCUUCAGAGCUUGAUACGGCACUUGAUGGAGCUUCAGAGCUUGGAGCAACAGAUUCACUUGAAGAGGCGAUUGAGCUUGGUUCUUCUGAGCUUGAAACGCCACUUGAGCUUGGGCCUUCAGAGCUUGAUACGGCACUUGAUGGAGCUUCAGAGCUUGGAACAACAGAUUCACUUGAAGAGGCGAUUGAGCUUGGUUCUUCUGAGCUUGAAACGCCACUUGAGCUUAGACCUUCAGAACUUGAAACAAUACUUGAUGGAGCUUCAGAGCUUGGAGCAACAGAUUCACUUGAAGAGGCGAUUGAGCUUGGUUCUUCUGAGCUUGAAACACCACUUGAGCUUGGGCCUUCAGAACUUGAAACAGCACUUGAUGGAGCUUCAGAGCUUGGAGCAACAGAUUCACUUGAAGAGGCGAUUGAGCUUGGUUCUUCUGAGCUUGAAACGCCACUUGAGCUUGGGCCUUCAGAGCUUGAUACGGCACUUGAUGGAGCUUCAGAGCUUGGAACAACAGAUUCACUUGAAGAGGCGAUUGAGCUUGGUUCUUCUGAGCUUGAAACGCCACUUGAGCUUAGACCUUCAGAACUUGAAACAGCACUUGAUGGAGCUUCAGAGCUUGGAGCAACAGAUUCACUUGAAGAGGCGAUUGAGCUUGGUUCUUCUGAGCUUGAAACGCCACUUGAGCUUGGGCCUUCAGAGCUUGAUACGGCACUUGAUGGAGCUUCAGAGCUUGGAGCAACAGAUUCACUUGAAGAGGCGAUUGAGCUUGGUUCUUCUGAGCUUGAAACGCCACUUGAGCUUGGGCCUUCAGAGCUUGAUACGGCACUUGAUGGAGCUUCAGAGCUUGGAGCAACAGAUUCACUUGAAGAGGCGAUUGAGCUUGGUUCUUCUGAGCUUGAAACGCCACUUGAGCUUGGGCCUUCAGAGCUUGAUACGGCACUUGAUGGAGCUUCAGAGCUUAGAGCAACAGAUUCACUUGAAGAGGCGAUUGAGCUUGGUUCUUCUGAGCUUGAAACGCCACUUGAGCUUGGGCCUUCAGAGCUUGAUACGGCACUUGAUGGAGCUUCAGAGCUUGGAGCAACAGAUUCACUUGAAGAGGCGAUUGAGCUUGGUUCUUCUGAGCUUGAAACGCCACUUGAGCUUGGGCCUUCAGAGCUUGAUACGGCACUUGAUGGAGCUUCAGAGCUUGGAGCAACAGAUUCACUUGAAGAGGCGAUUGAGCUUGGUUCUUCUGAGCUUGAAACGCCACUUGAGCUUGGGCCUUCAGAGCUUGAUACGGCACUUGAUGGAGCUUCAGAGCUUAGAGCAACAGAUUCACUUGAAGAGGCGAUUGAGCUUGGUUCUUCUGAGCUUGAAACGCCACUUGAGCUUGGGCCUUCAGAGCUUGAUACGGCACUUGAUGGAGCUUCAGAGCUUGGAGCAACUGAUUCACUUGAAGAGGCGAUUGAGCUUGGUUCUUCUGAGCUUGAAACGCCACUUGAGCUUGGGCCUUCAGAGCUUGAUACGGCACUUGAUGGAGCUUCAGAGCUUGGAACAACAGAUUCACUUGAAGAGGCGAUUGAGCUUGGUUCUUCUGAGCUUGAAACGCCACUUGAGCUUAGACCUUCAGAACUUGAAACAGCACUUGAUGGAGCUUCAGAGCUUGGAGCAACAGAUUCACUUGAAGAGGCGAUUGAGCUUGGUUCUUCUGAGCUUGAAACGCCACUUGAGCUUGGGCCUUCAGAGCUUGAUACGGCACUUGAUGGAGCUUCAGAGCUUGGAGCAACAGAUUCACUUGAAGAGGCGAUUGAGCUUGGUUCUUCUGAGCUUGAAACGCCACUUGAGCUUGGGCCUUCAGAGCUUGAUACGGCACUUGAUGGAGCUUCAGAGCUUGGAGCAACAGAUUCACUUGAAGAGGCGAUUGAGCUUGGUUCUUCUGAGCUUGAAACGCCACUUGAGCUUAGACCUUCAGAACUUGAAACAGCACUUGAUGGAGCUUCAGAGCUUGGAGCAACAGAUUCACUUGAAGAGGCGAUUGAGCUUGGUUCUUCUGAGCUUGAAACGCCACUUGAGCUUGGGCCUUCAGAGCUUGAUACGGCACUUGAUGGAGCUUCAGAGCUUGGAACAACAGAUUCACUUGAAGAGGCGAUUGAGCUUGGUUCUUCUGAGCUUGAAACGCCACUUGAGCUUAGACCUUCAGAACUUGAAACAGCACUUGAUGGAGCUUCAGAGCUUGGAGCAACAGAUUCACUUGAAGAGGCGAUUGAGCUUGGUUCUUCUGAGCUUGAAACGCCACUUGAGCUUGGGCCUUCAGAGCUUGAUACGGCACUUGAUGGAGCUUCAGAGCUUGGAGCAACAGAUUCACUUGAAGAGGCGAUUGAGCUUGGUUCUUCUGAGCUUGAAACGCCACUUGAGCUUAGACCUUCAGAACUUGAAACAGCACUUGAUGGAGCUUCAGAGCUUGGAGCAACAGAUUCACUUGAAGAGGCGAUUGAGCUUGGUUCUUCUGAGCUUGAAACGCCACUUGAGCUUGGGCCUUCAGAGCUUGAUACGGCACUUGAUGGAGCUUCAGAGCUUGGAGCAACUGAUUCACUUGAAGAGGCGAUUGAGCUUGGUUCUUCUGAGCUUAAAACCCCACUUGAGCUUGGGCCUUCAGAGCUUGAUACGGCACUUGAUGGAGCUUCAGAGCUUGGAGCAACUGAUUCACUUGAAGAAGCGAUUGAGCUUGGUUCUUCUGAGCUUGAAACGCCACUUGAGCUUGGGCCUUCAGAGCUUGAUACGGCACUUGAUGGAGCUUCAGAGCUUGGAGCAACAGAUUCACUUGAAGAGGCGAUUGAGCUUGGUUCUUCUGAGCUUGAAACGAUACUUGAGCUUGGGCCUUCAGAGCUUGAUAUGGCACUUGAUGGAGCUUCAGAGCUUGGAGCAACAGAUUCACUUGAAGAGGCGAUUGAGCUUGGUUCUUCUGAGCUUGAAACCCCACUUGUGCUUGGGCCUUCAGAGCUUGAUACAGCACUUGAUGGAGCUUCAGAGCUUGGAGCAACUGAUUCACUUGAAGUGGCGAUUGAGCUUGGUUCUUCUGAGCUUGAAACGCCACUUGAGCUUGGGCCUUCAGAACUUGAAACAGCACUUGAUGGAGCUUCAGAGCUUGGAGCAACUGAUUCACUUGAAGAGGCGAUUGAGCUUGGUUCUUCUGAGCUUGAAACGCCACUUGAGCUUGGGCCUUCAGAGCUUGAAACAGCACUUGAUGGCAAAUUUGAAGAACUUGAUGGAAUUUCAGCAGAAGAACUUGCUGUUGAUGAAGGAACAAAGGAACUUGAAGGAAGUGAAACAGUUUCACUUGAUGAUGAACUUUCAAUAAUAGAAGAACUCGAUGAUGUCGGAGUUGUAGAUUCAGUGGUUGUUGUACUCUCCGUUGUAGUUUCCGUAGUGGUCGUGGUAGGAGUGGUCGUCGUGGUUGACGUUGUAGGGGUCGUUGUAGAUGUUGUUGGCGUGGUUGUUGUUGUAGAUGUUGUCGUGGUUGAAGUAGGUCUAGUGAUUGGAGGUCGGGUAAGUUUAAGUGGAACUGUAUUAGCCUGAGGCCUAGCACUGACAUUUGAGCACAAACAUAUUAGCACUAGUGAAGAAAUCACAAACAUUUCCUUAGAAAUUUUCCACUUCAUUUUUAAAACUUUAAUUUUCUACUUUUUCGAUUUCAACUCAAACUUUUCACCACUUCACUUUAUUUCCAAGUAUUCGAUGAAUUACUUUUGAAGUAAUGAU